AUGUUCAUUGAACGUUAUGAUCCAACAAUUGAAGAUUCAUAUAAAAAGCAGAUAGAAGUUGAUAAUCAGCUCUGCGUAUUGGAAAUACUCGACACGGCAGGGACUGAACAAUUCGCUGCCAUGAGAGAUUUGUACAUGAAAAACGGCCAAGGUUUCAUCCUUAUGUUCUCGAUCACCGAACAAUCAACAAUAAAUGAGUUAGCGGAGUUAAGGGACCAAAUUAUAAAAGUUCCAAUGGUAUUGGUUGGUAACAAAUGUGAUCUUGAAAAAGAUAGAAUGGUUACUAAAAAACAAGGUCUUGCACUUUCCCAAACUUGGGGUCACACUGCCUUUUACGAGACUUCUGCUAGACAUCGGAUUCAUGUAGAUGAAGUCUUUUAUGAUUUAGUUCGCCAGAUAAAUCGGCAAUCUCCCACACGACGAUAUAGUAGAAAAAAAAAGAGAUGCUCAAUACAAUAA